UUAAGAUCACCAGACAGAUCUGAGCACUGGGGCCAUUUCCUGUUAGCAAAGGGGCUUCUGUACACUGCCAAAUGUGCAAUAGUAGAUUGCUACACAGCCCUUCAGUGAAGCUCGACAACAAGAAUUCAAGACCUCCAGAUACAUUUCUGGAGUCUCAGGUAAUAUAAUGGUAGUGUUCAAGAAGGAUUCCCUGUUGUGCCUGGCCUUACUGGUUUCCUCUGCAGAGGCCACAAAUUUCAGUGACCCCGUCAUCUGCUAUGUGCUGGAUGCAGUUUUGCUCUUCUACUGCAUCGUUUUCACUGCACUGUACUUUAAGCUUAAGUUUCAAAUGGCCUUUUCCCAGGAUUCUUCUAGCAGUGCUGCAGCAGCAAAACAGGAGAGGAUAUAUGAGCAACCGUUAAAACCCACAGAAGAUCAUUACGAGGACAUCCACAGGAAAAACCAGGCACCUUCAGUUGAGGACCCUCAGAGGUCAACACAGCCACGGAAAAAAAAGAACAAAACCAAACAUACUAACAGUAAGAGCAAUGCUGCAGAAGCCAUUGAGCUGACACCCGUCCCUUCUUUACCACCACGCUAAUGAGUCUGUACACAGAGAGCUGGUUUAAACUCCUCUUUCUUUCUCCACUUCAUCAGAACGUCUGUUCAUUUAGCAGGGCAUCUGCACAUUUCACGCAGUGGAAAAGUCUGAAGGCUACUGCUGAUUAUGUGCAGUCUGCCUAUUUGCUUGCAUAAAAUGACAAUAAAAGCUUCUUGAAUCUUGAAUCUUGAAAAGUUGCAAAAUUCAUUUAAUUUACACUCCAAUGAUGUUGAAUUAUAAUAUCUGAUUAGUCAGAAGGUGUUGAUUAGUUACUCUAAUAACAGCACAGCUCUGGAAGGAGAACCGGCUGAAAAACAUGUCAUGUUUAUAUCAAUACAUUAUUGCACCUGUAAAAACAGUCCAUUCAUAUAGAUAUGUGAUGUAUGACAAACAUUCCAUAUAAUAAACCAUAAGAACCUAAGCCUGCUAAUAAAACAAUUUAAAAAAUUGUUGUUAUAAAAAGUAACAAGUAAAACCUCUUACUGAUGAUGUGAAGUUUUCUGCAAGGAUAUGUUGCAUUUACAUUUUGUCUUUUUUUAAAUUGUUGUUUUAUUAAUUUCAAGACAAGAUUAAAAAAAAAAUUGUCAUGGAGUACCUAUUUAGAGCUGUUUAUAAUGAAACGAGAACAAGGAAGAAAACUGUUUCAUGGCUUCUCCAAACAUAUAAUUAUAAAUUUUCCUAUAUGCAACUGCCAUGUAAAUGUAAUGGUUAAAUAGUAUGACAUGUUCAUGAAUAAAUGAUAAACUGUAAUUCAUGGGCAAAUAGCUGUGGUAUAAAGAAUAAAACACAGUUCAAUAACAAGUGUGUAAAGAAUGAAAAAUAACAAGCUGUGCUGUUGUUUGCCCUAAAUAAUUUCUACAAUAAAAUUUCCAUUUUUUUCCCCAUUUCUUUCCCUCUUCAUCAUGGAACCAUCUAUGGGACAGAUGUAUGUAAUGAAUAAAAAGUGAGUGUGUUUUGUUGUAGGAAACAAAUCAACAACAGGAUUUUUUUUUAAUUCUUUACAUGCUUGUCAAUGUUCAUAAUAUUAAUAUAUUAAGAACAGAGAAUAUCACUAGUUAGAUGCACAGUUUCAUGCUGGAGAGAAGAGAGGGCCAGAUGGUAUCCAGGAAGACAACGGGGGUGUUACUGCUUAAUUUAGUACUGGAAAAUGAAAAAUGUUACUAGUUUACAAUUCGGUGUAAGAAACUGGUGUUAAAAUAUAAAUGAUCUGUUUAGUCUAACCCUGGUGAAAUUUGGGCCACCAGAUUUGGUCCACCUAAUUCAGAAAUGUUGACCCAAAGGAAUCUUAAUAUAGAAAUAUCUCCAUGAUCAUGACAUUUUGUGCCUACAUUUGUGCUUUUGUGGUCAUUUUGAUUCCACGGUAAGAAGAUUCAAGUCUACUGUAAUGAUUGAAAAGAAAGCUGAUCUAUAGUAUCAUUUAAAUGGGAGAAAUAGCUUCUUAUACCCAAGCAUGAAAGGAAUAUUAUGCUCUGCUUGUGCAUAUUAAGCACAGUAGAGCCCAGUAGAGCUCAGGGCAGGAGUGCUGCCCUCCAAACUAAUGCAGUAGACCGGGAAGAACGGUUUCAUCUCAGUUGAGCAACAAGCAUCUGUCCCUCCACCAGGAUUUUUUUUUACCUGUACUUUGCAAGCGAUAUACA